CUCAUCGGCUCACGUCGAAUUCACCAUUUUUCCAAAUGCAACCCGUUACAAACAUUGUCUACAACCAACUAUUGCUCUAGGUAUAUGCGAUAACUACAAAUGCAGGCAAUAGACAGCCAACAGCCUGCGAAGAAGCGGAAAUGGGACAUUCCGGGGCCAGGAACCUUGCCUCAGACUGUUACCCAGCUGGGUCAGGUUUCGGGUUCUGGUGGCUUAGCUGCUGUGGGAUCGGCGGCUCCAUCUGUAGAUAUUGCGCUUGCACAAGCUGCUGCGGCAGCUCUCUUUAGUAAAUAUCAUCCUGGCGCCCAGGCGAAGCCUACUCCCACAGCGCCAGUCAUAGCUGCGUACUCAGCAGUUGUGGCCACAGAUUCAAAGCCAUUCGAUCACUCACGGGAGGUCUAUAUCAACGACGCGGCUACGGGGGUCCGCAUCCACCUGACCAAACGCGGAGUUCAGGAUGAAAUCCAGUCUCGCACCGGCACUAUCAUUGUUACGAGGGGCCGAUACUAUGCGCCGGGUGUUGCGCCGGAUGGAAAGGAUAAGCCGUUGCACCUCCUGGUGAAGCCUGGGGCCAACGCUGGAACGACUGACGAGCAAAAGCAGCAGGCGGUCAGCAACGCAAUCUCCGACAUUCAGCGCAUCUUGAAUGGCAUGCCCCCCGGCCGGCCCGCGCCUGCGGCAGGUCACCACGCCGGCACGGCUCCUCCCCCUCACCCACCUCCCUACGGCGUUGCCCCACCACCGGCGGGGCCCCACCACCACCAUCCACCACCUCCGGCGGGCUACGGACCGCCGCCACCGUACGGAGCACCGCCCCCUGUCGUACCGGGAGCGGCCCCGCCGCCACCUGCUGGGUACGGCUACCCUCCCCCGACGGCGCCGCCAGCCGGCACACCGCCGUCGCAUCCGGGUCGGGACAGCAGCAGUGGAGGGGCGGGAGCAGCAGCGCCGGCGGGAGGCUGCAGCUGCUCGGUGUUCACGGGCGUCCCGCAGCCGGGGGCGUUUCCGUUGGCUGAGAAGAUUAAGGGACCGGGCGGCACUUUCGUGCAGCACAUCUCCACAACAACGGGGGCAACCGUGCAGCUACGCGGGCGGGGCUCGGGCGAUGCGGAGGGUCCGGACCCGUUGCACGUCCACAUCGCUGCCCCCUCACCCAAGGCGCUAGAGGACGCCAAGAGCCUGCUGUUGGACCUCCUGCGCACCGUGGUGGAGGACUACAGCCGGAGCAACCCCUCGCUGGCGCACACCGUUCAACCGCCAACCGUCAUCCAACUGCCUGCGCAGCAACAGCAGCAGCAGCAGCAACCACCGACACCACCGUACGGCAGCGCUCCUCCGCCGUACCCGCCCCCGUACGGCGCAGCCGCACCGCCCCCUGGAGCUCCGUACUACCCUCCUCCAGGCCACCCGCCGUACUACCCCCCACCGGGUCAGCCGUACCCGCCACCCCAGCCGUACGGCAGUGCACCGCCUCCGUACGGAGCGCCCCCGCCUCCGUACGCUGGCGCCCCUCCGCCGUACAGUUACCAACCUCCGGCUGCUGGUACGACGGCACAACCGCCGCCGUACCACUACCCACCUCCCGGCGCUCCUCCCGGGUACGCAGCUCCGCCGCCGCCGCAGCAGUCCUCAACACCAGGAGCGCACAACCCCUACCCGCCCCCGCACCAGCACCCUCCACCUGCUGGGUAUGGUGUCGCCGCGCCGCCGCCAGCUGCCCCCGCCGCGCCGGCAGCCCCGGCGCCGUACGGCAUGCACCCGCCGCCCGCAACCGCGGCAGCCGUACCGCCUCCAGCGGCAGCAAGCGCACCCCAUGCAGUUCAGCAGGGUGCUCCGGGCGGAGGCAGUUACGCGGGCAUGCACUCGUCGUAUGGAUCAGAGCCGUCCGCAACAACCGGCAAUCAUGCCGCGGGGAGUCACACCCUUGCCGCACAUCAGCAUCAACAACAGCAGCAGCAGCAACAACAAUCGGGUCCGCCGAAGCGCAAGUUCCGGGAAGCUCGUGAGGGGGAGCAGGCUCGGCCUUCCCCCCCUCCGCCAGACAACCCGUACGCCCAGUACGCACAGGCGAUGGGGCGCACACAGCAGCAACCCGCAAGCAACGCUGCAAGCAGCAACGGUAACAACGCCGCCGCCACAAGCAGCUGCAUGCAGGACAGCACCAAGAGCAGCCACAUGGCAAAUGGGGCGGGUGGAGUGACCUUUGUUCCCGCCUCUUCUUCCUCCGGGGGACAACAACAACAGCAGCCGCAGGCGGCAACGUACGGGGGCCAGACGGCUGGGCUAGGAGGUACGCGACCCAUUCGCAGGGGAAGUUGCCCGACAGGAGUUGCCCGAAAGCAAUGCAGAGGAAAACAAUUGCAGGCUGAUACGAAACGUCCAAAUUUGCAGCUAUGAGGCCGACUAAGUCAUCUUUUGUUGUGAUAAGACGUUGUACCAUUCUUUCUGGAGCAUCGCCACUCGUAUCCUUACCGACCUGCUACUAAUUCUGCUGCUCGCUCCAACGCCCCCGCACCACACUCAAACUCCCCAACUGACGCUCCCGCCCCCUCCUCCGCGCUCCCUGCGCCCCUUUCUGACCGUCAUUUGCUCCCUCCCCGUCCCAUGGACCCAUGGGUCACCGCCGCCCGGGCUUCCACAGCUGCCAAUCCCGCCCCUGCCACCGUAGUCUCCGGCGGCGCCUCUGCCGCGAUCGAGCCCGCGUCCACCGCACAGGUUACUGGCUCCCUGCAUGGACUCAUCGGCUACGGUGAUGGUGACGGCGACGACUGACCAUCAUCCUAGGAGAUGUCUCGACUCCUAGCGAAACUAACCCGGCAUGGCUAGGCCCGUUCUGAGCUUUCUGCGUCGUGGUCAACGCCAUGCCUGCUUGGAAUGCUCGGAAUGGUAAGACUGCGGUAACUGUGUCAUGCAGUUUGCAGGUACAACAGGUAACAAGAGCCUUGGGCGGGAGUGGGGUUUGUUAGUAGCUGGUUUCAUAGCCGUUGUAGCCGUUGUCUGGGGGUUCGGAUUGAAUUUCGAACGGGGUUUGAAGGUGGAUAGCCGUUGUCUGGGGGUUGGGUAUGAAUCCCCAAUAGGUUUAUAAGGUGGUUGUUUGUUUAGGCAAUGGUGGCAAGUGGUGUAGCAACCCUUUUGUACACCACUUCUUCUUGGGGCCUUUGCUAACCUUGUUUCUCGUUUGCUGUUGGUUGGUGCUGCUUGUACCGGUAUCAGCAUGGCUGCGGCAAACCCUGCUGUGUGUUUGCUCUCCUGAAGAUAACGUUGCCCGGCUUGCGGAGCUCUUGCGCGCCUGCUGAACAAGUAGUGAGCGAUUGUGAUUUAGGGGAUUGGGGUUGUGGCCGUUGUUGUUUCAAGCGCAGCUGGGUGAAGCAUGGGAGGUAUGAACGAGCCCAUGAUACCAACAUUUGGCUUCGAAUGCUGGGAAGUUGGAGUUCGGCGGCAUGCGGCUUGGCGAAUUCCUUUCAUUACUGUCGUCUUGGUGCCUUGCUUGGCUUACGGUUUCGCAUAGAGCAUGGUUUGGCCAGGACGAUGUGCCUGCCAUGUAGGCAUCGCUCGCUUGCAGUGAAAAUGGCCCCGAGGGGUUGUGUUAACAAUUACGACAGCGGGGGCUACCGAGGGCUAAUGUCAAGGGCUAAUGAGGUGGGGAAGCACGACGCGUGCGAUAUGAUUGUGUAGAGCCGUGAUGGGUUAGGGGGAUGCAAUAGCUUGGUAGGAGAACGAAGGGCACGGUAAAACCGGUGUAACACGAUCGUCGGCGUUUCUUAUUUAUUCUCAUAGCGCACACGUCC